GAAGACGCUUUCGUGUAGACUCAAAUCUCAAGUCAGCUAGUUAUAUUUCUUCUCCGUAGGCUGCAUUGAACAUAACUUGCUUUGCAUCUCAUGACUUCGGAACUUUGGCGUCUCAAGCACCUGAAGCUUUUGCAACGUCCGUCAACUCGGUGGCACUGACAGUCACAUAUUACCCCGAAUAGCGACUCUGUGGAUAUCAGUAACCACUGACAUGCGCAUUUCAGAGAAAAGGAGCUUCCUGUCUAAGCUGCUGUGGCUGACAUUUGUUUUCCAUCUUACCGUUUCUCCCAUGAACUCUUCCUGCUACUCAUCCUAGUUUCUUUUCCUCUCCACGACAAGAUUUCUGCUGUAGCGCAUUUCCCCUGUAACAUCUUCAGUCAUUAAGUCAUCCCUAAGAAAUAUGAGCGCUGUAGAAAAAGCAGAAAAACUGAAGAUCAAAAUGAAGGAUCUUGAAAAAAACCAAAAGGGCCCUAACCCGGAUAAUGGUGGAAAACUUAGCCGGCGCCAUCUGUCCAAAAUCAUCCUCCCACCAUUGGGGUCUUCAAGUUACACUCAAUCUCUAACAGAACCCAGGAGACUAAUCGUCUCCCCACUUGAUUCGAGAUAUAGGUGUUGGGAGGUAUGGAUGGUGUUCUUGGUAGCUUAUUCUGGAUGGAUAUACCCAUUCAUGAUUGCUUUCUUGAAGUCCAAGCCACAGAAGGGUCUUUGUAUAGCUAACAGUGUGGUGGAUCUCUUCUUUUGGAACGAUAUAGCUCUGACGUUCUUUCUAGCUUAUAUUGACCCCAAGACUCAGAAUUUAGUUCAGGACUUGAGGAAAAUUGCUUUGAGGUAUUCAUCGUCAUGGUUGAUCAUGGAUGUAGCUUCUACGAUUCCCUAUGAGGCCUUCUUCUACCUGUUUAGUGCAGACAGCAAGCCUUGUCUUUGGUGUGGCGUGCUGGGAAUCUUGAGACUCUGGCGUCUGAGAAGGGUCAAGCAAUUCUUCACAAGGAUUGAGAAAGAUAUACGGUUCAGUUAUUUCUGGACGAGAUGUGUGAGACUUGUUUUUGUUACAUUGUUGUCCAUUCAUUUUUCAGGCUGUAUGUAUUACAUGCUUGCAGACAGGUAUCCUCAUAAAGGAAGAACAUGGAUUGGUUCUGUCAUUCCCAAUUUCAGAGAGUCCAAUAUCUGGUUUCGUUACAUCUCAGCCAUCUACUGGUCUAUCAGUACCAUGACCACCGUGGGAUAUGGAGAUCUGCAUGCAGUUAAUGCUCUAGAAAUGAUCUUUAUUAUCUUCUACAUGCUCUUCAAUCUUGGGCUCACUGCUUAUAUAAUCGGCAACAUGACCAAUCUCAUAGUGGAAGGGACUCGUCGAACAAUGCAAUUUAGAAAUAGCAUACAAGAAGCUUCAGAUUUUGUAUCUAGGAACCACAUUCCACGAAGGCUGAAGGAGCAAAUAAUUUCAUAUAUGUGCCUCAGAUUUAAAGCAGAAAGCUUGAACCAUCAAAAUAUAAUGGAGCAAAUUCCUAAAUCAAUCUGUAAAAGCAUAUGCCAACAUCUUUUCCUCCCAAUUGUGGAACAGGCCUAUCUCUUCAAGGGAGUCUCGAAGGACUUUCUAUUGCUUCUGGUUACAGAGAUGAAAGUGGAAUAUUUGCCUCCUAAGGAGGAAGUGAUCAUGCAAAAUGGUGCUCCAGAUGAUGUUUAUAUAGUAGUGACAGGUGAGAUCGAAAAGAUUGCUAAAACGGCAGAAGUCGAACAGAUAAUAAGCAUCUUAGUAGCAGGAGACAUAUUUGGCGAAGUUAGCGUGUUAUGCAAUAGGCCUCAAAUUUUCACAUUUAGAACGAAGACAUUGUGUCAGUUACUAAGACUGAAACAGAGUGCUCUCUUGGAUGCCAUCUACAACCAACCAGAGGAUAACAAGAUCAUAGUACACAACCUUCUUCAGCACAUGAAAGAAGCAACAGAUGCAACCUUCAAGGAGCAAUCAACAGAUGUUGGCAGAAAUUUUACUCUCAAGAUUCCAUGUGAGUUGGUAUCAGUGGUCAACACUGGAAACAGUAUUCUCCUGGAGGAGCUUCUUAAAGCAGGAAUGGACCCUAAUGUUAGGGACUCAAAAGGCAGAACUCCACUGCAUGUUGCAACGGCAAAGGGUUAUGAAGACUGUGUCAUGGCUCUGCUCAAGCAUGGCUGCAACAUGAACAUGAAAGAUUUGAAUGGGAAUACUCCAUUUUGGAAUUCAAUCUCUUCGAGGAACAACAGUAUCUUCAGGCUUCUCUAUUGCUAUGCCUCAGCCUCAGAUCAAUGUAUUGAUGGCGAUCUUCUCACACUUGCUGUCACAAGGAAUGACCGGUUUAUCUUACAAGAGCUGCUAAAUCAUGGAGUUGAAAUUAAUUCAAAAGAUCAGAAUGGCUUAACUGCACUGCAAGUCGCCAUCAAAGAAGGCAAUGCAGAUUUGGUAGAUUUUUUGGUCUCAAAUGGUGCAAUUCUCAGCAACACAAGCCAAUUUCAUGGAAGAGCCUGGCAGAAAUCAUGUGGUGAUUAUGAGGAAAAGAAAGAAAGAGGGGAAGUUAGUGACCACGGAGAGUUAGCAUUUGAAGCUUUCAAGGAAAUGAGAAGAAAGUAUUUGGCGUUGCCUAGAGUGCACAUUUACAAGGGAAAUCCUCCUGGUGUAAGAGGGUGCUCUCUGAGAGGUGGGAAAUUGAUCUCUCUGCCUGCCAGUAUGAACGAUCUUGUGGAAAUUGCAGGACAGAAGCUGGGUAUGGACGUCACACAUGCGAAGGUGGUUGAUAUAGAAGGUUCUGAGAUAGAGGCUAUUGAUGUGAUCAGGGAUGAAGACAAACUUUUCAUUGUAAACGAAGAGGAAAACAUUAAUGUCUGACUCGAGAAAGAGGAUCACAGUCACGACCAAGUAGGUCUCCGUUUCCAUUACACGUUCCAGAGGCCUCAAUACAUGUAUAAGAAAUAAGACUUCCCUCUAAGUAAGAGGUCAUUCUGUAAGUAGUUAGGGACUGUGGCGAGUUAUUAUGAUGAAGCAAUUUGAGCUUUCUCA